AUGCCUCACAUUAUCAGCGGAAUCAUAAGGAGACUGUUAUCCUAUGCCAUUGCAGAAAGACUGAAGAAAAAGCAGUAUUAUCUAAAGAAUGGAAGUGCAGUGCUAGAGGAACUUCUUGCUUUAUGCGACGGAAAUUGUCGAAUUCCUCUCCGUUACUUCAGCGCCUAUGAAAUCGAGAAGGCAAUAAAGAACCCUGAAAAGAGAAUAAUACUCUUUGGAAGCUGCUAUGGUGGAGAUUAUCACCGUAAUAUUUUCCGAGAUAUAGCAAUUACUGCUCAAAUGAGUCAUCUCAAGAAUGUAAUGAGACUUGUCGGUUGCUGUCUAGAAUUGGAAAACCCAGUUAUGGUAUAUGAAUAUGUUGAGGCUAUAAGGCUUUAUGAGCUACUUUUCAUAGAGGGUAAUCACGAUCAAAAUAGAAAAUCAUUAUCUUGGGGAAGUAGAUUACGGAUUGCCAAUGAGAUCGCUUCAGUAAUUGCUUUUCUCCAUACCGAAUUCAGUAUGCCCAUCAUCUACAGAAACCUAAGUGCAUCAAAUGUAAUAAUAGAUCAGAACAGCGGCGUUGCCAAAAUAAUGGACUUCUCAUUGUCCAUAUCAUUGCCUCAAGGGGAACUGGAAGUAGCAUGUGUUGUGUGCGGAUAUUUUGGGUAUUUAGAUCCUGAAUAUAUGCAAUCGGGUAUUACUAGUCAAAAAACUGACGCCUAUAGCUUCGGAGUUGUUCUCUUUCAGCUAUUAACUGGAAAGAAAAUGAGUAUACUUGAUGGUAAAAUGACAGAUUUUACAGAGUUUCCCCACGUCGAAACCAAUGUUGAAGAGGGCAGUGUAAUGGACAUAGCGGAUCCUACCAUUUUGGAAGAGCAUGGAGUAGAGAUUCGACAACAACUGGAGGACUACUUGGAUCUUGUUAAGAAAUGCACCGCUUACAAGGGAGAAGAGAAACCAUACAUGAUUCAUGUUGCAAAGGAAUUACGCAAAAUUGAGAAAUGUUACCAUGGCCUCACUCUUGGUCAGAAUUAG